CUAAAAGUCGGAAUGCUGCUGCUUUCUUUCUUACACACUCACAUCUUCAUCAGCAAACACACACCCUGCUGGCAUCCUCCAAAUUUACACGAUCCCACGAGUUCCAAAUAGAAACUUUGAAGAAUAUGGCCAUCACAAAGUCAAACAUCCCACCGAAGGCGCAAAAGCUGCCGCCGGGUGUAUACACUCCAGUGAUUUCUCUCUACAAACCUACGAAAACACAAGAGCUCGAUCUCGAUGCUAUGUACAAGCAUGCGCAAUAUCUAGUUCGAGGUGGAAUGCACGGUCUCGUGUACCAAGGCACAAAUGGUGAAGCCGUGCUUCUCACAAGAGAAGAGAGAAUACAAGCUCUCAAAACCGCACGACGCGCCGUGACUGAUCUUGGUGUGCCCGAGUACCCUAUCGUUGCUGGAAUCAGCGCGGAGAGCACAAACACCUCCAUAGAGUUGGCCAAAGAUGCCGCGGAAGCAGGAGCAAGCUUUGCCCUACUUCUCCCUCCCAGCUACUGGACCAAAGCCAUUAGCGAAGAGGCAUUGCACAAGUUUUUCCGAGAUGUCGCAGACGAAUCUCCUCUACCUCUUGUUUUGUACAAUUUUCCCCAAGUCACGCCAGGACAAGAUCUUACAUCGGACGAUUUGAUCGCCCUUGCUCAACAUCCCAAUAUCGUUGCCACAAAGCUUACCUGCGCCAACGUCGGUAAAGCUAUCCGAGUCACAUCCAAAUUCACACCCGAGCAAUUCACCGUGUUUGGCGGUUCUUCCGACUUCCUCUUUCCUACACUCGAGGCCGGAGGCUCAGGCUGCGUUGCUGCUCUCGGCAACGUCUUUCCAAAAUCCACGUCCAAAUUGUAUGAUCUAUGGGUAGCUGGGGAGAAGGAACAGGCACGAGCCCUCCAGGACGUUGUAGCAAAUGCCGAGUGGGCCUGCAAAAAGGGAGUUGUUCUUACAAAAUUCGGUGCCGGCCACUUUGUUGGCCCGAAGAUUGGUGUCAAAGCUGAAGCUUUCCACCCCCGAAGGCCGUAUCUGCCUCCAGCUGAGAAGGCACAGAAAUGGACAGUGGAUAUUAUGGGCGUGCUUCUCGAUGAGGAGGAGAAAAUUCCGGACAAGACUUUUGGAGUAAAUGGAGCGAAGUAAAGACACAAAAGUAAUCACGAUGUAAUGAGGAUAUCCUAGCACAAGAG